GUUGGUAACAUUUGGCCUUACCUUUAUUUAAUAACAAACCUAGAUGAUAUAGAUUAAAAUAGAUCUAGAUCUAGAUUUUAGCAACAGGCAGCUGUCUAAAACUGAUGCAUGGGAAAAUACUCCUUGUUUUUUGUGGAACCAUUGCACAAGCACUUCGGCUUAGAUGUUUCUUCCUAAAUGGAUUUGUAACUACGUCAUCUUUGUUCUGAAACUUUUGAUAUUCAUAGACCUGGUUUCAGUAAGAGGGGACUUAAAAGACCAAAACGAUGUUGUUGAAGAUGAAUUGGACUUAUUUGUAUCAGAAUACUUUCAAACCAGACCCAGCUUUGUACACAGGAGGCAAAGAGAUGCCAACAGCUGCCAGUCUGUCAUCUACAAGAAUGUGACAAAUUAUCAAAGCAAGUACCAAGCAUAUUCAGAUUCAUCCAUUGUUUUACCAUUGGUAGAGGCCCAUCACAUGGUUAAAGAGUUUGGUCAGUACAGCUGGAACAAGCAGCAGGUACACAUUCACCAUCAGCAGGUCAACAAUCCACUGACCACUUGGUCAGUACUGGAGCCUGGACAGCAUGGAACCUGCAGGAAUGACAGCGGAGACCAGUACACCGUGGUGGAUUCCAGUGCCCAGAAGCGCUGUAUAGCUGCUGCAAAUGCAGGCUUCUUCAAUACAAAGACAGGGCAGUGCUUAGGUAACAUUGUAAGUGACGGUUAUCUAGUCCAAGACUCUGGAGGCAUUCAAAAUGUACACUUUGGUUUGACUAAAAAUGGUUACAUCUUCACAGGCUAUGUGUCAGAGCUGGACCUGUUAGUGCAAGAGUUUACUCAGUUGGUCGGAGGUGUCCUCUGGUUGGUCAGGGAUGGGGUCAACUACCUGGAGGAAAGCUUGAAGCUGGAGUGUUCGGAAACUGAAGAAACUGGUACCUUGCAGAGAUUUGCAUCUGUUACUUCGGCUCGGACAGCUGUUGGCCAUGACAGGGAGGGCAAAAUACAUAUGAUACAAAUUGACGGCAAAACAGAUUUAUAUGGGAUCAACUUAUAUGACUUUGCUGAAUUGUUGAUUAACCUUGGUCUUUACAAUGCCAUCAACCUAGAUGGGGGUGGCUCAGCCACAACUGUCAUUAAUGGAACCUUGGUCAAUUUUCCAUCUGACCUUUGUGUAAACAGCAGCUACAACUGUGAGAGGAAAGUCUCCACCAUUAUCUGUGCUCACCCGCCAGCUUGUGCUGUGAAGGACUGCUCAGGCCAUGGCUCUUGCGACAUUGGUGUAUGUCGCUGCCAGGGCCACUGGUCAGGCCCAGGUUGUGAGACCCUCACCUGCCCAAAUUCCUGUAGCUCUCAUGGACAGUGUACAGAAGAUGGUUGCCAGUGUGAUCCUGGUUGGCUUGGUAUAAACUGCUCUUUGACUUGCCAGGAUGGAUGGUAUGGUGACAAAUGUUCUCUGCCUUGCCUGUGUGAGAAUGGCGCUAGCUGCAGCCCUAUUACUGGGGAUUGUCUAUGUCUGCCAGGUUAUACUGGGAAGUAUUGCCAGGAAGCUUGUCCACUGGGUUACUACGGCCAGGACUGCAUCCACCUGUGUUCCUGUGAACAUCGCUGCUACUGUGACCACGUCACUGGGAGCUGCAACACCACAUCAUCUGGCAAUCAGCAUUACAGCAAAGCUGUGUACUGUCUAGCUCAGCAGAGAAUACAAAGCUUAGGCCUGGUCCCGGACAAACAGUACCAGUACAGCCUGUGUGUGACAAGUGUUUUAUGUUUAGCUGUGAUAGCUUCGGUGAGUCUUCUGCUCAAUGCUCUGCUGACCUACUUUCUGGUGAGACUACGACAGAAUUACAAGGCGGUAACACAGAAAACAGAAAGAGGAGACAAUCGCGCUCAACAAAGGAGUGUCCGAAACAAGAGGAAAGGGAGGGGCGGAGUUGAGGACGUACAGCUCAAGGACAUGACCAAGACCAAUGCAGCCAGGCCUGAGGAAGAAGAGGAGCUGGUCACUAGUGACGAGGAACAGAAUUUGUUUCUGGCACCAAACAAGAAAAAAAAAUUUUCCAUUAGAGAUUUUUAAUUUAUUUAAUUCCAUGACUUAAUACCAACUACUGGUGGGUAUUUGACUCUGAGGUUGUAUUCAUUGUGGAAUAUCAACAUCAUAACUCGUUAAUAAUUUUGUUACUAAUUUUCGUGUGCAAAAUUUAACAGUCGAAAGGCCUUAAAAAAGACCAUUCCAGAUGUGUGAAAAUAUUGAAAGGAAGAUGUGAGUUACAGGCUAAGCUAGUCAGUGUAUGCUGAAUGAUGUGCUUUUAUUCUGAGGUGAGAUGGAUCUGGCAGUUGUUAUCAGACAUUUGUAAAACAAUUUUUUUGGUCUUGUUUGUUAUUACUGUUCUGGUGUACUGUCAAUCUCUUAAGGCUUGCCAUUUCAUCUUAGAGCAGGAGUAGGGUUGGUCUAGACAAUACUAAAAGUUUCUAUAUAGGUUAUGAUCUUGACUUAUUCUAGGAAGAGCAUGAGUUGGCCGCUAGUGAUGAGGUCUUUGUUAGUGAUAGUAACAGUUUAAGGCAGUGUAAGGAUGGCUGCCUGGUUGUGUGGUAUGCACUCUGGACCGUCACCUUGAUGGUCCGGGUUCAAACCCUAAAACCAAUCGACCUACAGGAGGUUUGGCCUAAGAUAUAAUAGUUUUCAGUUCUGAAGGAACACCUGAAACAUUGUAAAAGAAAUUAGAAGAGGUAGUUAAUUCAGUACCAGUGCAGAGUUUUUUCACUGCCAGUGCACAUUUCUUUCACUGCUCGUAUACACUUCUUUUACUACCAGUGCACAUUUCUUUCACUGCUGGAGAAACAUUUGUGCUUGCUAAUAUUAGACAUUGUGGUUUAACAAAGUCAAGUGAUGGAUACUAAAGCAGCUCAUUUGCUACAGAUGUAAUUGAUGUCUUGUAGAAACUUGUGACAGUUUUCUUUGGUCUUUUAGUGAUAUCAAUCCUAGAGCAGUCUUUUGCCAACUUUUCUGUUUACAAUGUCUUGGCCAACUUUCCAGUUCAGAGGUGUUGGCCAACUUUUCUGAAACUGCGCACUUUAUUAUUUCAAAGAGAAUAUGAGUUGAGGUGUUGUUAUUCAGUUUUAGAUGUAUGGUAAAGCUCUUCAGGUAGAUUGUAAACUAUUUAAUACUCUAAUAAUGUUAUGUUUUGUUACCAUCUUCAAAUGGUGUCCACUUUCAUGUCUUCCAUGAUCUAGACCAAUUUUUAUGCAAAUUUUGUUGCAUUUGUAUUUAAUUUUUUACAUCUUUUUUGUUUUAUUACUGUGAUGGUAGUAAAUUCAUAUUUUUUAAAGUAACAACCAUCUUGUUUGGUUAUACAGUGUACAGGAGGUCCUCGGGGUUAGGCAAAUCCUGGGUUACGAUGUUUCAUUAAUUAUGACACAUUUCCCAUAUACUAUACAAAGCCUUGUUUCGACUUAAGUGGUUUUGCGUGGUAAAAGUCAUAAACGCAAACUGUGGUUUUGCGUGGUAGAGGUCAUAAACGCAAACUGCAGCAGUAUUUCUGGAAGAUAGAGAGGCUUGCAAGAGAUACUGUAACCUUUACCAUAGCUGACUCUCUAGAGUUACCUGCCCCAGCAUCUUCAGCAAUUCUCCUUUUUUUUUAAUGUUUCAUUUUAUUACUAAAUGUAUUUUAUAUUUCCUUUAUGCAUUUUAUUACUAAAUGUAUUUUAUAUUUCCUUUAUGCAUUUUAUUACUAAAUGUAUUUUAUAUUUCCUUUAUGCAUGCUUACAGUAUUUACAUACAGUAAGUACAUAAGUUCUGAUUUGCACUGAAAAUCAGUUUACGGUGUGACAUAGGAACAGUUCUGCUUCCUAACCCGAGGACCCCCUGUACCAAAAUAAAAUUGAAAAUUCUAGGUAAUUUUUCUUAAGUCCAGGGGUUUGUUGUAUGUACAGUUUUAAGACCAAAUCUAUUUGAAUAGAAGUAUCUGUGAGAUGGUUAAAAGAAGGUUCUAUCAUUAAUGCAGCAUAUUGGCCCACAUUCAUCAGGUUCUUUAACAUUUGACUACAUGAGGGGAGAGAUGACUUCACACUGGGUGAGGGAAGCAAAUCAAAGUUUAUUGAUGAAGAAAUAGGUUUGUGAAAAUUUGCAACUGUUCAUUCAGCCUGAGCUUUGUUGGAACCAAAUAACAGAAUACAGAGAAUACUGGCUGUGGUACCAGCUAUUCAAAAAACUGCUACUUUAAAUAUUGUGAUUUUUUUUUUUCCGUGAAGAACAUUCCUGAACUGGCUGGUUACAACCAGUCGAUUUAUUUUUAUACCCUUUUUUGCAUUUGUGUGUCAGAAAUACUGCCUAGAAGUUUACAAAAUUAAAAGUGUCAAUAUUUAGAUAAAAUGUCAAAGUUCUGUUUAAGUUCAGCUUGAUGUCAAAAUAACACUUAAUGGUAAGAUUCAGAUUUAUGGUGAAGCUUAUGUUUAUAUCAUAGCUCAGCUUAAUGUUCGAGGGGUGGAGAUUACUUAGUCAAAAUGUGACAAAAACAUCUUUGGGUUUUACUUUCUGUGAUCUCUGUUCCCUCUUGAUCUUGGUACAAGCAGCUGAUGCUAAAUUUUUUUAUCUUACUUUUCAUGUCCACAUUUACCUUUUCUUUUUUUUCUUUCUCUGAAUGAUUUUUCUUAUCAUCUGGAGAAAAAAAAAUUGUCACUGCAACUUUUAACAAUUUUUUUAUUUUUGUUUCUCUUUGUCUGUACUUGUGUCUGGGUGGAGAAAAGCUCAACUUCCCUUUGCACACUCUCUCUCUCUCUACACCUGUGUCAACUCAGGUUGUUUUAAAUUUUAGUUUCAUCAUUAAGUUUAUAGUUUUUUUUAAGUUUUGAUCUAAAUUUUUUUUUCUUGCAAACAACUUUUGCUUUCAUAUUAUACAAGUAGGUCAAAUUAAAAAAAAAAAAAAUCAAACUCGACUUACAUGCUUAUGAAGUUUAGUGUCCGGUUUUCAGUACAAAGAAAACUUUGAGUAGAAAAUGUUGACAUCGGGCUAACCUUCAAUUUUGUGAUCAAUGAUUCCCAUUAUGUAGAUCAGUUAUUCCCAAAGUGGUUGAUAUAGACCCCCAUGAGUUUACGAUGACUUUAAUGGGGUCUACGAGGGUGAAAAAUUAAUUGGGGGUCCAUGUAAAUGGGGAUGUCCAUGUUGAUGAAUAUCACAGUAUUUAAUUUUGAUUUCCUAUUAAUGGAAUUACAUCAUAGACACAUAUAUAUUGUUGGAACCUUUUGUAAUCAUGUAAUUUGAAUGAAAAAAUAAUUAUUAAUUUUAACUCUUUCUCUCCGUAACUAUUUACCACAGUCUGGUGGAAUCAACGCUGGUAUCAUCAGUUAGGAGAGAAAGAGUUAAUAACUUUUUUUAAAAGUCCUAAAUGGACCUACUAGUACAUUUCAAAGUCCUCUGUUCUAAUUUUUAAAUAAGGUUUGAGGAUAGUCUUCUCUGAUGAUGAUAUAGAAAAGAUUGUAAAAUGACAAGACAAACUGCUUGGAAUAACUAUUGAAGAACUUAAGUACAAGUAGAAAAAAAAAAUGAUGUCAUCUGUUCUGGCUUCAAAAAGAUUAUACUUGAUACUUAUUCAAUAUUAUGGAGUAUCACCAUAAAGUUUCUAAUCACUUUUUCAUUUUCAUAUCUAGUGGAAAUAGGUGUCAGCACGAUUGAACCCUUCUAACAAUAAUAAUAAUAGAACACGCUGGACAACUCUAAACUACUUUAUUAAAUUAAAGCUCAUUUUUGAAAAUUAUUUUUUUUAUAGCAUCCAGUUCAUCCUUUGCACUCAGAAAUGCAUUCAGCCCCCUGGAUGACAAAGUGGUCAUCAUCAAACCACGAUGGACGAACUAUAUAUAUAUAUAGUUAGAAAUCAGUAAUAAAAACCCCCCAAACAUUUGAAGAUGAACUAGCAAAAAUGCAAUACUAGGUAGCAAAAAUGCAAUACUAGCUAGCAAAAAUGCAAUACUAGCUAGCAAAAAUGCAAUACUAGCUAAGCAGGGGGUCUAUGAGACAUAAAGUUUGGGAACCACUGAUUUAGAUUCAUGUAUCUUUUUGUAUGAUGGAAUAUUUAUAAAUGUAUAUCGUUUCCUUUCAUUGCAUCGGCUCUACUAAUUUAUCUUUCAUACAAUGGAAUAUUUAUGUAUAUUGUUUCUGUUCUUGGCGCUUGAUUUAUUUUUUUUGUUGUGCAUUGUGGAAUAUUUUAUAUGUAUUUGACCCUAAGGGGCAGAACUGUGCAAUAUUGGGAAAUACAUUGCCUUAUGCAUAUGACGAAUGCACGAUGGUAAGGAGUAUGUGUGUUUGUAAUUUUGUGCCUGUUUGUUGGUGCAAAGAAAGAUGUCUUCAUUUGAUUACUGCUAACCACAAUGUCUGCUCAAUAAGACAAUGAUUGCUCGAGUUAAUUGACUUUUUUUUUUUAAAUCCAGAA